AUGAGUGGAAGAACAAAAAGGGGAAAGGAUUACACCCGGAUAAAGGAGCAAAAAAUAGUGCAGAAAGAAUGCGAAAUAACGAGGAGUGACUGCGAGGAGUUUAUUCGGCUCGUCAAAAGGUUCGGCAAAUCAUUCACAGAAAAGGACUUAGCUGACUACUGCCGUUUAAAUAACAUCCCGAUAAGCGAACACACCAUAGAAUGCAUGUUCGAGGAGUUCUUUCUGAACAAAAAAAAUGAGAGGGAGAGCCGCGAAAUCACCGCCGACGAUCUGAUAUCCUUGACAUCCAAAAAAACGAACAGAUGCUUCUACGUGCCAGUUGUCGUAUACAUAGGAAAGUGUAACCAUAUACGGAGCUACGAAGAAGGGCUCAUAAAGGAAAAGGAAAAAAAAAAAAAAAAUGAAAAAAUCGAAAGAGACAAUUUGAGAAGACAAAUCCAAAGAGACAAGAAAAAUAGGGAGAGAAAUGAACGGAUGAAUUACGUUUGGGAAGAUGAACUUUUCGGGAGAUCCAAAUGUUGCAAUGAAGCCAUGUCGAUAGAUCACGAGGGGAAACUCACCCUGGAGAGCACCAAUGUGAAGGGAAGAAAUAGUGACAGCGGGGAGGGGGGUCAAAUUAGGGGAUCCAACCCGGAAGGGGUCCAAAAUGAUGAACUUCUCAACGGAGAACCGAGACCCAGAGAAACGAACUGUCAAAACACAGAAGAGCCGCAUGAACAGGUAGAUUGUCCAAAGGAAGUCGAAGCAACUGAAAAAAAAAAAGGCAACCAAAGCAUCCACAACAAUGAUAAUAGAAAUAACAGUGAGAAAAUGAAAAAGGCCACGCCCGGACGAAAAGGAAAAAGCGCACCAGGAAGGAAGAGCACCGGCGCUCAACAGGAAAAGAAAACGAGUGAGAUACCCCUCACGGAGGAAUCAAAGCAACUCCCUCCGCAGGAGCAAAAGGCGAACAGGAAAAUUUACUACGAUUCCCUAAUGCAGCGAGUGAUAAAUAAUAUAGAAAAAAAAAAGGAGAAAAAAAAAAAACACCUCACAACAUUCAACUUUGUUACUUACUACAAACUGCAUGAGCUGAUAUAUAUUUCUUUUCUGGUGGACAAGUAUCAAGGCUACUACCAAGGCAAAGAAGAGAGCGACUUGAUCGAAAUUUAUAUUGAGGAGCGGAAGAAAAUCGAUCGAAGUAAAUGUAACAGAGAAGAUGCCCCAGGAGAGACCACCAUAAAAAGUGGCGAAGAAAAUGUGCAAGGAAAAAUCCACUCAACUGUAGAAGACAUGAAAAAGAUUACCCUCGAGGAUGUUGUACAGAAAUACAAAGGUGACAGGGAGAAGGAGGAAAAAAAAAAAAAAAAAUUAAAAAAAAAAACACAUAAGUAUAUACAUAGUAAGCAGCUAGCCAAUUAUCAAUUUGUCGGAAAAAAUAUAAAAGAAAUAAUGAACUGUGUUUUGUACAACUUAAACAUAUUUUUCAACGACAAACUAUUAGAUGUCGAGCGUGUGAUGGAAGAGUACAGCACCGUGGUGCGCAACAUUUGUGAGGACACACAAACCAGCCAUGGAAAUGUCUGCACACAGGUCGUUAUACCAAUUGAUGCGGAUAAAACGCAGAAAGAAAUUCUCAAUGGGAAAAACACCCUUUCUGAGGAGAUAAUCCAAGGGAAUCAGAAGGUUUCCCUUAUUGGUGAAUCACCCCCGUUAAACGAAAGGGGCGAAGCAACAGUUAUUAUAAAUUCGCCUACAUGUGAUAGUCUCUCCCGCUUGAAGAACAAGAAGAAAUGGGUCCCAAAUGUGGAAGUCGCUACUUUUGAUGAACUAAGCGGAACAGGGGGGGAGGUGAAAAAGGAGAUCACCAAAGGGGAUGAUAACCCAAAGUGCGCAGAGGGAGUAGCGGGCACAGGUGGAGACAAAGACGAAAAGGAAGGCAAAGCAGAGGGGGGAAAUAAAAACAUAAUAAGAGGGCAUAAGGGAUGGCGCAAGAAACGAAUGCACACUUUUAAGAGGCCCUCUGGUACAUACCACUCCGAAAAUGAUGAAGAAGUGGAUGCGGUGGCCGACGUCCAACUUGAUAACGAAGAAACUGCAUCCGAUUAUAACAUAAGUUACGAGAAUUUAAAAUACAGCAAGGAAGAAAUAAAGCAAACAAAUUUCAUUUACCAUUUAACUCAUGAUAUAAACAAAAUUGAAACAUUCAGAAGGAAAUAUUUUUACGACUUUUUUUUUAUGUACAUGGUAAGGAAGCUCUUCUGGAAUGUGCUUUGUUUGUAUUACUUGCACUGGAAGGAACGGCUAGCAGAGGAUGCAUCAAUGCGGAGUGGGUCACCAGUGGAUGCCUCCCCGUAUGAAUCAAUGAAGAGCCACCCAAGCAGCCCAGGCCUGGAUGAUGACAACCUAAUCCUGUACGAAAGCGAUGUCAGCGUUAACAACACGAAGAAGAACAAGGCCAUGCUCUACAACACUAACCAGAAGCUGUGCUACAACCUGGACCCCCUAUUUAAAUUAAUUCGUAACGAAAAAUUGCUCAUUUACCUUCGAUAUGAUCAAAAUAAAAGAGUCAAAUGUAAGAAUAAAACUGAGUACGUGUACAGAGAAAUAUGGCAGUACCUUAUUUUAACGAAUUUAAAGAAGAAGUCGGAAGAUGGGGCAUAUGGCCCUUUCAGUGAAUUCGUCCUCUUUCACCAGGACUGA